UCCACUGUCUUCAAAGGUAAUACCUAGUUGCACAGAUUUUCGAGUACAAGUCCGUUUACUUACAUAAAUGCAUUCAACUAUCAUAAAAUCCCUAAAUAUCUACUCUCUUCACGUCACUGCUGACCACGUCUUUCCCACUGUCGUAUCUCCGCCUUCAUAGCCGCCACAAGAAACCCACUCUUCAUCAAACUCAAUUCGCAUGCUUUCCAUUUUACAGAAGCAAAAGGCAAAAAAUGUCAUCCCCUCAAGAAUCCUCAUCGCCAUUCCAUUGGCAAGCUGCCGAGUUCGACGACAGCGACUUCCAAAUCCGCGGCCUCACACUCUUCUUUAUGAUUGUUCUUUUCACGAUCAUUCUCUUAGGGACGUUCAUAUUCCUUUACGCCCGGCGUGUCUGCCUCUUCCGCGCUCCACCACUGCCUGCCAACGCUUCACCUGUCCACUCGGCCCACCCGUCACCUCUGACACCGCAGGGGCUGGACGCCGUGACGAUUAACAACUUGCCAACUGUAUUAUGCAAGGGUAACUCUACUGAAUCGGAGUGCUGUAUAUGCCUCGGGACUUUUCUUGACGGCGAUACAGUGAGAGUGCUGCCUCAUUGCGACCACAGCUUUCACUUGGAGUGUGUUGACAAAUGGCUCACGACGCAGUCCAGUUGUCCCCUUUGUCGUGCUUGUCUCCGAGUCGACUCUCCUGUUUGACUCGUCUUUUUUUAACUUCCCUUUUUAUUCUUCACUCUCUUUUUACCUCCUUCAAAUUCGGAAUUCGUCAUUAUUUCCAUCAAAUCACAAAGAAUCGUGAUUCGUGCAGG